UUGUGAAGGAAGUAAACACCUUUGGUUAUAUUCUAAAAAAAAUAAUUGCAUGUGGAUAAAAUGGCGAUUUUUGACUUCAUCUUUUGUGUGGUUUGCUGGAUUUGUGUUAGCCUGUUUUCAACGGGAAAUUGUUCAGAUCCAGAGAUCCUUUGCAAAACGUCAAAGUACGUAGAUAAUUGUGGAAAUACAGGACUUCUUUGGAAUUGCAGUGGCCUUAAUUUGAGUAGCAUUCCACGCCACUUUCCGACAACCAAAUUCACCACUUUAGUCAUGGAUUUAUCAUGGAAUUCAUUCAGUGAUAUAUCCAAAGAUACUUUUGGCCAUGUUCCAAUUUGGUUAUCACAUAGAGUCACGGCGAUACAUUUGCAAAAUAACAAAUUGCAAUCAUUACAAAAUGGGAGUUUCGCACAGUUUAAAAACAUUUGUGUCUUAGACUUACCAAAUUGUGGACUUCGCAAAUCUUUGAUACCAACGGAAGCUUUUGUUGGUCUUGGCCAUCUAAGAUAUCUUUUCAUCCACGGAAAUAAAUUUGACAUCGAUGGAUAUCCAGAUGUGGCGAUAUCUUACCUUUCUGCGUUACAAAAUCUUUCGGUCGAUGUCUUUUACAGAUUUCAGUUUGACGAGCCGUUUCAAAAAUUAAAACAGUUGGGCAACAUUCAGUUUCACCCAACACAUUCAUCCUUUUAUUUGACGAAUUCUACGUUUACCGGACUCUCCGAAUCGCCAAUUGUUUAUCUUAACAUGAACUUUAAUUUUAAAGUGUUUUGUAAUAUCAGCGAAGAAAUAUUUUGUUCUUUUCCCUUUCUUAAAGGGGUUGCAGUCGAUUUUGGAGGAUUCUGUGAUUUAAUCCCAGUGUUAAGGUCUCUCAAAUGUCUCCAAAACAAGACGUUGGAAUAUCUCAAUCUUCAGAGCAAUACCAGAAAAUCCUUUGUCGUUGAUAUUGUUUUUGACAAAUGGAAUUCUGAGUAUUUAUUCAACAUAUGUAUGCAAACACUUGACUUGUCAGGGAACCGAAUUUCCAAUUUCCUUGUAGAUCCGUUUAAGUCAAUGCUUGCACAAUGUAUAAAAACGCUUUAUAUUGGUGAGAAUCAUUUAUCACACAUAGACUUAGGCGUUAUUCUGCAUAUUUUAGUUGUUUAUCCUAAACUGCAGACGUUACUUAUAGAAAACAAUGGCAGAGGAAAGGAAGGUGCAAAACAAAAAAGGGUUUAUCCUGCAACGGGUUUCUUUCCUUUUGCAGAUUCGACUUCAAAUUAUGAACUAAGAGUAUCAAACCAUCUCAAAGUUAUUGAUUAUUCAGAAAACUUCAUUCAUACCAUAAAAAUUCCAAUUUUUAAAAUCAAUCUGAUUGCACUGGGAUUAGAAGAACUAUACGUUCCACAUACAAAUUGGCCAUGUGAACAUCUGAAACCGCUCCAAACGCCAAAAUUAAGAAUCAUCAAUAUGUCAGGAAAUGAUUGUAGCAAGAUUUCCCCGUCCUUUUUUGAAUUUUCCACAAAUCUGUCAACAAUGAUAGCAUCCAAUGCCAACCUUCCAUUGGAUGGACAAUCUGACCAUCAAUCUUUAUUUAGAAACCUCACAAACCUCCAAAAUUUAGACUUGAGUGUGAAUCAGUUGGUUAGUUUACCAAAUUUUCUUUUCAAAGACCAGCACAAGUCAAUGUCAUCGUUAAAUCUUGACAACAAUUUUUUGAUUAAAAUUCCUUUAGUGGUUAAACAUCUGCAGAGCCUGACAAAACUAUUCAUACGCCACAACAAAAUAGAGUCAUUUGGGCCCUCGGAUAUUGACGUCUUAUUAAGGCAGGGUAACGUAUCGUUAUUCUUAGAAGGAAAUCCUCUAAGUUGCUCAUGUUCAAAACUUGCGUCACUCACAUGGAUGAAGAAUAACCGGAAACGUUUUGGAGAUUGGCAAAAUAUAAAAUGUUUAGAAAACAACAAAUUUUUAUCUAAAUUUGUUCAAGACAAAACUUUUAGAACGUUCGAACUGAACUGUCAGUCAAAGGAAUGGUUGAUUUAUACAUCUUUAACGUUAGCUUUGACAGUCAUCGCGAUUGUUCUGGCUGCUUUAGUGAAAAGAUACCGCGUGCACAUUGAUUACGUCAUCUUGAAAUUUCGUAAUAGAUGGAGAGGAAUAAUGCAAUAUGAGCCCAAGGAAAACUACCAGUUUGACGUGUUUUUAUCGUUUUCCGAUGAAGACUAUGCUUGGGUUGUCAAUAUUCUUUACAACGAGUUAACAAAACAAGGAAUACAUGUAAGCUUUCCAGACAAAGAUUUUGUUCCUGGAAUUUCAAAAGCAGACGAACUGUUACGAUGCAUUGACGACAGUCGAAAAGUGGUCUUUGUGAUCACCGAGGAGUUUCUGGCGUGUGGUUGGGAGUCGUAUGUAGUGCAGAUGACGGUCACCCAUGCCUUUAACACUCAUCGGGAAGGUUCCCUCAUCAUUCUUAUUAAAAACAACAUUGCUCUCGAAAGGAUGCCAAAAGACUUAAAAUACGUAUGGUGGGCGGUACAAACUGUCAAUUUGUCUGAUUUCCAAAACAAUCCUGAUGAUUUGUGGCAUCACGUUUGUACUAUGAUACGUUCUAGUUAAGUUAAGAACAUUAGAAGUAUGUAGUGGAUGACCAUUAUGAUUUUUUUUAUGCAAUUCGCAUUUCUAAAGAUUUGACCAGAUAGUUCUGUUAUUAUUUUGUAUAAUAUAGAAUAUCAAGUGAAAAUUUAGGUAAUAGCUUCACAUUUGUAAGAUUAAAAGCCCCAUUCGAAGGCUACUUUUGGGUAAUUUUAUUAAUGAUAUUAUUUUCUCAUCGUAGAGAACGCACUGUGUUUUUUUAUACUAUGAAUUAUUUAUGUUUGGUUGAGUGUUGAGAAAUACAACGUUAAAAGUAUAACAUUAUAUAGGAAAGGAUGAUAUCCCUAGACAUACAUGUAUGUAAGCGGUCCCUUUUCAUACAACAAAUUAUAUUAUAAAAAAACCUACUGGGAUUUUGAUCAUUUAAACGAAGAGUGUAUAAUAAUGUUACAUCCUGUUUAGAGUUAUUAGCUUGAAUUGUUGUUUAUUGAAAUAAUUAAUUAAGUUUUAAAAACCACUGUAGGAAUUAAAUUCGUUCUGAUACAUUCAAUGAACACAAUAGAAUUUGUGGACAUGGGUAUUAAAGAUCGACGUUACAAGUAGGCAUAUGAAGGAACAAAUUGCGGUCCUUAAAAAAGGACUGUAAUACAUGGGCAAUUGCAUGUGUUUCUAACGAAAAAUGAAAGCUUAAGCUUGUAAAGACUCUUAGUGUUAUAGGAAAAACAGAAUUAUUUCCUAUAAAUAUUUCAUUAAAUAUAAUAUUAACAUAACAGGGUUUAGUUUCUUUAAUCCGGGAAUAUUUGCUCAUAUCUGAAAAAAAAUUAGGUAAUAUAAAGAAUUUUAUUGGGGUCUGUUGGAAGUCAUUGUUUUUUUUAAUGACCGCUGAACUCAAAUGUUGUCCGUUGGCUUGCUUCCACUUUUAUGACAUCUUCCGAUGAGUAAAAUAUAGCGUUACCUGGUGUCAGAAUCCCCGUAGCAGUAUUUUACGUUGUUGAAAAAACUUUUUUUUUAAAUUUCAGUUUGAAAAUCGGGCUAAAUUUCGGAGAAUCGCGUUAGCGGGGAAUGAUUUUUUUGCAAUGUCGCUACCUUCAUAUCCUGAAGGAAGCAUUUUCUUGUUCAAAUAUAUACAUUUUUAAGAUUAUAACUCAAAUGUAAAAAUCAUGAUAUGCAAUCAAAUUAAUUUGUUCUUUAUUUAAUUAUUAUCAAGUGGGACAGCAGUUUUGAAGAUCGUUUAAUGAUUUUCAUCAACGACUGUUUUGAAAAAUAAAAAAAACCUGAGAGGGGUGGCGGGGUUUUCAUUUUUACUUUUAGUUCAAAUAAAGUUUAUGGAACAAAUGAAUUCAAAAACCGAUUUUCAAAUGUCUAUAUAACUGUUAGUAUAAGAUCUAACAAAUUGUUUAUAGUUUAUUGGCAAAUUAUUUUAAAAGUCUUUAAUCUUUUAUAAAGAAUUAUGGAUCCUCAUAUUAGUGCCUAGGAUGUGUCUCCAUGUGACCUUUGUGAAACUGCCAUAGUACAAAGCUAAUGUGACUAUUGUCAUGUCAACCUCUGUAAGUCCUGUGUAGUAUAUCACAUCUCAGAUGGAUAUGACAAACAUAAAAUUGUACAUUUCCAUGAACGAAGAUCAACACUCAUUUAUCCAAAAUGUGGAAUACAUCAAAACAAAUUUCAGUGCAAUGGUUGCAACAAUAUCUUUUUUGUUCUUCCUGCAUAGCCUCUUAACAACAGCACAAUGGGCAUACCUUUGUAGAAGUUAAAGAAGUUUACAAAACAAUUAAAGAAAUUUUUAAAAAAGCACACAAUUGCUGGAAAAUCAUAUUUCCCCUCAGAGUGAAGAAGUUGCACACGACUUGGAAAAUCAGCUUUCCAACCUUGAUCGAGGAUAUGAGAAUCUUAUAAUAACAAUGUCCGAACAAGGAGAGCACUGACACAGAGAAAUCGACAUUGUCAUCAACAAAAUGAAAACUGAAAGCAGCGAGAUAAAAGUAAAAUACAAAGAUAUUUUACAGAAACAUUUGGAUGAAAUCAAACAGAUACAAUCUUUCAUAAAACAAACUUUACUGGCCAUUAGGCAAUCGAGAAAUCCACCGAAGUAUUUCCUACCACUGAGUACAGCUCUAAGAUCAGAGAGUUCAGCAAGCUUCCACCCAAAGUGAAGGUUACAUUGCCAGCAUUCAUUCCAAAACCAAUAGACAGUGAUAAGUUGUAUAGUUUGUUUGGACAGAUUACACCAUUAUCUACUGCUACAGAAAAAUACCUUGUCAUUUUAUCAACCAAUCACUUCAGUCAGAGAACUACUAGAUGAACCGGAACUUAUUGCCACAAUAGAAACUUGGAAUUUAUGCAGUAUUAAUGAGUGGACUGAUCACCAACGGUAUCAAAUGUUUCACUUUACCAGAAAAUCCAGAAAAAAGCAGGAACAUAUCCUUGUGUUAUAUCUGUAGACAGUAAAGGUAAUAUACUGUACGCUGACACGACGACAAGGACAGUGAAUAAAGUAAAAAUUAGACAAAAAAGAGUUGACCAGAUUGCAGGGAUGGAAGCCUAGUAAUCUGUGUGUCACAUGUACUGGUGAUCUCCUGGUUACCAUGUACAGUGAUGAUGAAACUCAAUCCAAAGUUGUCCGUUAUUCGGAAUCUACAGAGAAACAAACAAUUCAAUUUGAUAGUGAAGGUAAACCUUUGUACUCCGGGAAUGUUACAAUUAAUUGCAUCACAGAGAACAGAAAACAUGAUAUCUGUGUAGCUGACAUGAAGGCUGGUGCAGUAGUGGUGGUUAAUCACGACUGCAAACUCAGAUGGGAAAAUCGAUCAUCCCUCACUUACCAAGCUCGAACUAUUUAAACCCCUUGGUAUCACAACAGACAGUCAGAGUCACAUAUUGACAGCAGCUUUUGACAGCCAUUGUACUCACGUUCUGGAACAAAAUGGACAUGUACAGUUUCUCUGUUUUAUUGAUAACUGUGAUCUGAAGAAUCCUCAUAGUGUAUGUGUGGACAAUAAUGACAAUCUGUUUGUGUGCGAGUAUUUCAAAGGCAAUGUAAAGGAAAUCGAAUAUCUUAAGUAGACAUCGUCUAUUUUAAAACUGUGAUGCAAUUAAACAAUAAUGUGUUUUUCGAUUGUGAGUGGACUAUUCGCAUGAUACCAGCGAAACUUUUUAUAUUUAAUCUUGAGGUAUUUUCAGAGAAAUAUGUAAAGAUUUGUUUAUUUCUAAUGCACCUUAAAAAUAAACAUAUUAAUUAUUUUGAUAAGA